AUGACAUGGGACGAGUUUAAGGUACCAUUCCUUAAACACCACAGUCCCAAAGCAGUCAUCAACAGAAUCAAGGAAGAAUUUAUUCAACUAAGGCAAAAAGGUGAAUCUAUUGAUAAGAUCACGGGGAUCUUUCUCGACAAACUGAGAUUUUGUGAUGAGUUGGUAAUGUCUGAAGAGCAGAAAGUAUAUUAUUACUAUAAUAUGUUGAAUGCAGAAUAUCGAGAGUUUAUGACUCCCUCGAAAUAUAAAACUCUCACCGAAAUCAUAAACACUGCUCGAGAAAGGGAGAUAGAGCUGAAAAAGCAAAUCAAGCGAGGUGAACGGAGGGCACAGGUUGUUAAUCCAAGCCCUGCAAAGAAGGCGCGAACAACAGAGACGUCCAAGAAACAAGAUGGGAAAGGUGGUUCGCCGAGUUGCAAGGUAUGCGGGAAAGGGCACAAGGGCAAGUGCCGGUUCAAAGAUAAGCCGUGUCCUAUAUGUGGGAAGACAAGGCAUACAGCUACCUUAUGCCCGGGAAGAGUGUCGGUUUGUUAUAAAUGCUACCAACUGGGUCAUAAGAAAUCAGAAUGCCCGGAAUUAGUCGGGAAAAAGGAUGGAAAGAAUUCGCAAGCAGAAACUCCAAAACCAAAGGCCAGAUCCUUCCAGUUAACCGCGACCGAGGCGAAGAUGGAUCCCGAUGUGGUCUCAGAUUGCAAAAUGAGUAUCGAUGAUGAAGAAUACUCAAUAAAUCUGAUCCCGAUGUCAAUGGGAGAAUUCCAAGUAGUGGUCGGGAUGGAUUGGUUAUCCCGACAUCACGCGAAGGUCAUGUGUUUCCGCAAGGAGAUAAAAUUAACGUCUCCAAGUGGAAAACACAUUACCAUCUAUGGCGAGAAAGGGGGUAAUCCUGUAAUAUGCUCGAUGAUAAAGGCUCACAAACUUAUGAGACGCGGAUGUAGAGCGUUCAUGAUUUACGCAAACGAACCCGGGGAGGGAUUGCCGAAGAUUGAAGACGUACCGGUGGUAUGUGAGUAUGCAGAUGUGUUUUUGGAAGAUUUACCGGGAGUACCACCUGAACGGGAGGUAGCGUUCGGAAUUGAAUUGAUUCCAGCUGCGAAACCUAUAGCUAAGGCGCCGUAUCGGCUCGCGCCAUCGGAGUUACAAGAGUUAAUGACUCAGAUUCAAGACCUGCUCAAUAAAGGGUUUAUUAGGCCGAGUGUGUCUCCGUGGGGUGCACCGGUGCUGUUUGUGAAGAAAAAGGACAGGAAUAUGCGAAUGUAUUGA